AGUUACACUGAGCAAAACACAAAAGAGCACGUCCAAAAAUAUAGAUUAAAAAAAAGAUUGCCCCUUUUUUCUGUUAUAUUAUUCUUUUCAGUCUUCUUCUUAAUCUCUUCUUCAUCACAGAUCAGUGGCCUCUUUUUAGGUUUUAGGUUAUUCACAAUUUGAUUUGCCAUAUUGUUGUUUAUGAGUUUAGGGGCAAGUUCUAGUUUGUGACACAGCUAAUAAAUUUUGGGUUUUCGCCAAGUUCAAAUUUUGAGUGAGGAGGAAGCUCUUUUUGACAAUUAAGCUGUGGAAAUAAAUGGAAGGUAGUAAAGUGACUAGUUCAACUUCCAGUCUGUGGUUAGCUCAAAACCCUAGCAAGAGAUGGGGUGAAGUAUUCUUUCUGCUCUACACUCCCUUUUGGCUCACCCUGUGCCUUGGUGUUGUCGUCCCGUAUAAGCUCUACGAGAAUUUUACAGAGUGGGAGUACCUCUUGCUGGGGCUUAUUUCUGCACUUCCUGCUUUCUUUGUACCCGUGAUAUUUGUUGGAAAGGCUGACAGGAGCAUUCCUUGGAAGGAUCGUUAUUGGGUAAAGGCUAAUCUCUGGAUAGCAAUUUUCACUUAUGUUGGGAACUACUUUUGGACCCACUAUUUCUUCACAGUUUUGGGUGCUUCUUAUACAUUUCCGUCUUGGAAGAUGAAUAAUGUACCCCAUACAACUUUCCUUUUAGCACAUGUUUGCUUCCUGUUUUACCAUGUCUCGGCAAACAUGACCCUUCGCAGGCUACAGCAUGCUAUUGCUGAUUUGCCCGAGAAUAUUCAGUGGGCUUUCAGGGCAGGAUGGAUUCUAGCAUAUGCUUAUUUUAUAGCUUAUUUGGAAACCUUAGCUAUUUCCAAUUUUCCGUACUAUGACUUCGUGGACCGAGCUAUUAUGUAUAAAGUUGGCUCGUUGUUUUACGCGAUCUACUUCAUUGUAAGCUAUCCGAUGUUUUUCAGGGUUGAUGAGAAACCUGGUGAUUCGUGGGACUUGCCAAGAGUGUCCAUUGAUGCUUUGGGUGCUGCAAUGCUCGUCACAAUUUUACUCGACUUAUGGCGCCUUUUUCUAGGCCCCAUUGUUCCAAUGGCAGAAACCAAACAAUGCCUUCAAUCAGGACUCCCAUGGUUUUCAGUGACAUCUUGAAGGAGUUUCAAUUGCGGCGUGUGAACUCAACAGCUUCUGCAAAAUCAGAAGUUUAGGUCUCUUGAAAUGAUGUUGAGUGGAUCAGUUUAGGCCCUUGUUGUACUCUUACCAACUUUAGACAACUUCAGAAUGAUGUUCACUUGUACUCUUCUUGAACACUAUGUUUUAUUAGUUUCUGAGAAACUGGAAAGCAAGUUAGCCAGUAAAAGCAGUUUCAGAUUUCUUGGUGCCAA